GGUGAUCUGAUGGGUCUUUGGGGUAAACAUGGGCAUUAGAUUAUUGUAUUAAAAUCGAUUUAAAGCUUUAUUUUAUGCAGUGACUAUGUUGUGUAAAUAGUUGUUUAAGUGUUACGUGUAGUUCCGGGUUGUAGCACAAUGCCUUCUCUUACUUUGAGAGGAGUUAAUGUGGAUUUCCCGUUCACUCCGUAUCCAUGCCAGACAGAUUACAUGAGCAAAGUGAUCGAGUGUCUGCAAAACAAAGUAAAUGGAGUGCUCGAGAGUCCAACUGGAACGGGGAAAACCCUCUGCCUGCUUUGCGCCGCGCUUGGCUGGAGGGCGUAUUUCAAAGACUCCAUAUCCGCCCGUAAGAUUGCAGAGAGGUUGGGAGGAGCCGAGCUUUUUCCCGACAGGCCCAUGUCAUCUUGGGGAACAACGGCGACUGACGGUGAAACACCAGCGUAUUACACCGACAUUCCCAAGAUCAUCUACGCAUCGAGGACACAUUCACAGUUGACCCAGGUGAUCAGCGAACUCAAAAACACAACCUACAGGCCGAAGAUUUGUGUUCUGGGCUCCAGGGAGCAGCUGUGUAUCAACCAGGAUGUACUGAAGCAAGAAAGCAAUCAUGUCAAGGUUCAUUUAUGCAGAGCAAAAGUUUCAACCCGCUCCUGUGUCUUCUACAAUAACGUCGAUGAAAAGAGUACUGACAAAGACAUCAUCAAUUCCAUCCUUGAUGUGGAAGAUCUUGUAAAAGCUGGAAAAAAGCAAAGGGUGUGUCCAUAUUAUCUGUCUCGCUCACUAAAGCAGCACGCUGACCUCAUCUUCAUGCCCUACAACUACCUCCUCGAUCCAAAGAGUCGUCGCGCACACAACAUAGAGCUUAAAGGAGCAGUGGUCAUUUUUGAUGAAGCACAUAACGUGGAGAAGAUGUGUGAAGAGUCCACCUCGUUUGACCUGACUCCUUACGAUCUGACGUCAGCCAUCGAUGCAGUGGACAAGCUUUUGCGAGAGCAGGCCUCGGAUAUCGGCAAGGGAGAAUCUUCAGAGGAAUUCAGCGGCGAAUCUUUGAGCUCAGGUCUGAACCUGGACAUCACUACGAUCGCAAAAAUAAAGCAAGUUUUAAUGGACCUGGAGAUUACCAUUAAUGACUUUGAGAUGCCGUCCAAUAACCAGGGGAUUACCAAGCCUGGCAGCUUUAUUUAUGAGCUUUUCAAAAAGGCCCACGUCAACUACGACACCAAAACAGCAAUCGUGGAGGCGAUGGAGCAGAUCACAGGAUAUUUGGCAGGAAAGCCUGGCAUUUUCCUCAACACCAGCGGACUACAGAAAGUGGCAGAUAUAAUACAGUUGGUGUUUGCUGUUGAACCAGCAGAGGGCGGUGUGCCGUCACACAAGGGGAACACCAUGCAGCAGUUUAAGGUACACAUUCAUCCAGACACUAGCAAUUUCAAAAAGAAGCAGACAACAGAUCUGUGGGCGUCGUCUAAUACAAAGAAACAAGGGAACGUGCUGAGUUACUGGUGCUUCUCUCCGGGAUUCAGCAUGCAAGACCUCCUGCGACAGGAAGUGCGCUGUAUCAUCCUGACUAGCGGCACCCUGUCCCCCCUGUCAUCUUUCACCUGCGAGAUGCAGAUCCCAUUUCCCGUGUGUCUGGAGAACCCUCACGUCAUUCAGAAGGACCAGAUCUUCGUUAGCAUUGUGGACAAAGGGCCGGACGGCGUGCAGCUCAGCACAGCCUUCGACAGGAGGUUUCUUCCUGAGAACAUGGCGUCAUUAGGAAACACUAUUGUUAAUUUAUGCCGAGUGGUUCCUCAUGGCCUGCUGGUGUUUUUCCCAUCAUACCCGGUGUUGGAUAAGACUCUGGAGUAUUGGAGGGGUAGUGGGCACGUAGACCGAAUGGAGUCAAUGAAACCCAUGUUUGUGGAACCCAAAGGAAAAGGUACCUUUACAGAGGUGAUGGAUGGAUUUUAUAACAAGGUCAAUGACUCCAAGUCGAACGGAGGGAGCUUCUUUGCUGUGUGUAGAGGAAAGGUGAGUGAAGGGUUGGACUUUGCGGACACGUAUGGCCGUGGAGUGAUCAUCACUGGUCUUCCCUACCCUCCGAGAAUGGACCCCAAGGUGGUGCUGAAGAUGCAGUAUUUGGAUGAGAUGUGCAGAAACAAAACCAGUGGCGUGAAGUAUCUGUCUGGGCAGGAGUGGUACAGGCAGCAGGCCUCCCGCGCAGUGAACCAAGCCAUAGGUAGAGUGAUCCGCCAUCGUGAGGACUACGGAGCCAUCUUUCUUUGUGACUACAGGUUCAAAAGUACGGAUGUACGACAGCAGCUCCCAUCUUGGGUCAGACCUUAUGUUCGAACUCAUGACAAUUUUGGCACCGUGGUUCGGGAUGCUGCACAGUUUUUCCGAGUCGCACAAAAACUUAGGCCUGUACCAGAGAAGAAGAUAAAAGGUGCGGGAAGUGAGAGCGGGACAGCUAAAGGCAGUUGCCAAACAAGUCCAGGGUGCAGUCGUCCAGCCAUGAGUGCCUGGGAGUGCAGUUCCCAUCUCAAAGCCAAAGUGCUCGACUCUCACGUGCCAAGUUUAAAAAAAAGGAAAUUUGAAGAGCACUCGGAGAGAGAUGGGACGGCCAGGCUUUGUGUUCAGUAUGAGGUGGAGAUGAGUUCCAGUAAGAAGAGACCUAUGAGCCUGCUGGAUGCACUGGAGAAAAGCGAUCCUAGUCAGGAUGAUGAUACCUUUGUUGGGGAGGAGAAGGCCAGUCGUUUGUCCACAUUAUCUCUACAGCAUGAUAAGCGCAUGGAUGAUGAGUCUAGAGGAGGGAAACGCAAAAUCCGAGUAGUGCAAGACCGGAAACCCAUAGUCUCCAGUGCAGCAGACAAGGGCAAGAGCUUUAUGCUUGAGCUGAAGAAAAAUUUAAGUCAGGAGAGCUUCACACAGAUCAUGUAUGCGCUUCAGAUGUACAAGACUACAGAUAACCUCAAUGACCUUAUGGCAAAAGCAGCAGACCUUCUCAUACAAGACCCCAACACACACAUCCUGCUUAGAGGAAUCUACCAGUUUGUUCGGCCACACCACAAGAAGCAGUUUGAUGAGAAGUGUCAACACCUUACAGGCAAAGGCUGUGGUUACAAACCUGAGCACUCGCUCUCUAGGGAGGAGAGACAGUUACUCAUGAAACAAACAGCCAAAGUGGAGACUCCUGUAACGUGCACAACCUCCCAACUAGACUCAAGCAAGCAGCUCAAUCAAGGUGGAUCUCAUUUGGGAACGCAUAAUUUGUGUGGAACAGAUUCAAGUGUAAAGGAUCAGAAGCCACAGCAAUCAGGGAAAGAUAGUCAGUUCAGUUCUUCCCUGCUGUCUGAUAUAAAAAAGUCUAUUGGUGCUGAGAAGACCAAUCAGCUUUUUGCAGCAUUGCAGAUGUACAAAAAAACUAACGACUACGAACAGAUGGUAUCAACAGUUGUGGGGUUGCUGACUGAGCGUGACGAGGACAUUAUACUUCUAAAACGGUUAGCAGUCUUCAUCCCACCUCAUCAUCGUCAGCAAUUCUCUGAGAUGUUAACAGGCCUGACUGGGAGUGUCCCAGAGGCUUGCCAGGAUUCGGAUGAGGUUUCGGACCAGUCUAGUCCCCCAGUUUCAGUUUCACAGCUCUGUGCAGGAAAAUCACAAAGCAAGAUAUCUUCCUUUUUCAACUGACUUUGGAAAUCCCACAAGCUGCUACUCAGGUUCAUGUGGGAAGUCGAAGCAAAGCAGUCCGAUCUUCACUUGCACAUAACUGGACAUUUGUCCAGAACAUAACUUAAGCAAUGGAAUUUAGGAUUGUACCUUGUAUGUAUGUAAUGUAUUUUAAUACACACUCUUGUGGUGCUGUUUUUCAAAGAUGAAUUAAAAUAUUUCGUUGUUUCUGAUGUCUUUCCUAA